AUGUCACGUGGGCAAAAACUAGUAAGAGCAUGUCUCAAGUUAUCAGAUACCUCUUUUUCUAUAGUGCAGCCUGUUACUAAUAUUAAUGUUAUCGAACCAUAUUCACAAGUUAUUACUGAUAGAGCAGAGCCUGACACCAAAAUGAAUCCGAUAACAUUAUCGACAGUGUUUAAUAAUUCUGAUACAUAUGAAUGGAAAAAUCAAACCAACUUAACAGUAUACCAACUCGAUGAAGAACUUAGUUCAGUUAUUAAUGAGGUUCUGACGGAGCCUGUGGCCCCCAUAAUUCCAGAUUCUAAUUUACAGGAUGAUUGUACUCAGUUGGAACUUAAAACGAAACAGAUCUCUCCUCCGACUCCACCUCUAUACGUAACACAUAUCACAGCAGAAAACAGUAUGUACCAAUUAACUUGUGAUCCACAUAAUGCCGUACAACUUUUUCCAAAUAAUACAAUUGCUGACAUUGAUAUAGAUGAUAGCGAAAUUAGUAAUGAAAAUCAACCAGAGGAAAAUAUAGUAAAUACCGCUCUUUCUCCUCCUUCUGACUCUGCUCAACAGGACGCUGAAGACAAUGAAGAACAAGUACCGGGUAAUAAUUCUUGUGUCCCGACAGUCCCUGCAACUACUUGUUCCGCCUAUCAGAUAUUAAAAACAGAACGAAACCGACGUUCUUUGGGCAUAGCUUAUAAGGGAUGUAAAAAAAAGGGCAAUGAUAUUACACGAAAUGUGCAAAAAUCCGCUAGAAAUGUUAAGGAAAGAUGUCUCCACAAAAGUUUAGAGCAAAAAUCGCAAAGAAGUUUUUUGUGUGGACAAUUCACGGACAAAGAUCGACAGAAAAUAUUUAAACAAUUUUGGCAGUAUAGUUGGAAAGAGAAGAGGAUGUUUGUUAAGGGACUGGUUGCCACUAGAAAAAUAAUACGAAGAAGGAAAAUUGAGAACAAACAAAAAGAAAAAAAUGAAGGUCACGAUAUUCCUAUGCCAAAAGCAGAUGGUACAAAAGUUAGAGUGUGUCGUAAGUUCUUUAUUAAAACUUUGUAUCUAGGGGAAGACACGUUUAAAAGAUGGGUAAAAGGAGAUCCUUCGUGUGAGUCGACAGUUUCGUCCGAAGAAAUAGAAGAACCGGAUGAGCCUUUACCAAAAAAAUCAAAACAAACAAUAAAAGAAGCUCCUGACCUAGCUGAAAAUAUUCAAUAUUGGAACUAUGAAAACGUUGAAUCUAAUCUAACUUCACUUCGGCCUGGUAGAAAUAAACCCAGUGAUCCCGUAGUAACUGAUAUUCGUGCAAUCCAGUAUUUACCAGAUGGUCCGAUUUUGUAUAAGACUGACCACUUAGCUGAAUACAAAACAUUGCCUCAACGAAGAGGACGAUUUGAUUAUAAAAAUUCUCCAAACCCCCUGUAUGUAGAACGCCUACCAAUUGCGGAAUCAAAAUAUAAGCAGCUACAACUUAAGUCCGUCAUGGACACUGACCAUCAUGCGUUUUAUGACAACCUCCCGUUUAAAAAAGAUGAGAAAGAAAAAAUGGAACAAAAAGAAUGUUUUGUUUGUUCUGUAAAAAUUGUAAUAUUUAAAAUGUAUGCUACCUUUUUCGAGUUAUAA